GACAGCUAGCUCUUCUGCCAACAAACCGAUAUCAACAGAGUCGCUAGAAAAUGCAGCUAAGAACAUUGACACUGCCCUUCAAUCAGAUCGUCUGUAUUCAGAACUUGAUGCGCUGCUAAGGAAUGCUCGACAUGCUGGUGGUACAUUGACUGGUAUGACAGAUGGAGACUACCCGUCUCUAAGUGCACAAGGGCUAGCAUCAGUUCCACUGAUAGGACCAGUAAGACAUGUCCCUUUACCGAUGGAGCUGUCUGAGCAGUUUGCUCAUGUCCAGUGCAACUGUUUCAUGGGCCUUCUUCCUACCAUUCAGAGAGGAUGGGUAACGAUCGACACAGAGAUUUAUUUCUGGAACUAUGAGACAGGUGGAGAUCUAGCGUACUACGAGGGGCUAGCAGAGGUAGUGCUGAGUGUAGGACUUGUCGUGCCCAAACCCGGUGUAUUCCAACCUCACAUAAAGUUUCUAUUGGUAGUGUGCACCGCCAGCGAGGUAGUGGUGCUGGGGGUAACGUUUGAGAGUGAGGGUGAUGAUCAGUAUGCCCUCAUGCACCUUCAGCCUAACCCUUUGUUUUCUCUUUCUUCUGAUGGAGUCAACAUGGUACAGGUGAAAGGAACACCUGAAGGCAGAAUCUUCCUAGCUGGGGCUAACGGGCAUCUCUACGAAUUGCAAUACCAGUCUUAUCUAUCCUGGUUUGGAAAGAGGUGCAAACUCGUAAACCAAAGCUCCUCUUACUUCUCAUUCCUAGUUCCAUCAGCCCUAAGGUUCGGUGAGAAUGACCCAAUAGUGCAGAUAGAAUACGACACCACACGUCAACUACUGUACACUAGAUCUGAUAACGGUUCUAUCUACGUCUACGACCUAGCUGAAGAUGGACAAGGUAUCGGUAGUGUUUGUAGCAUUUCACAAGACACCAUCCUGUCUGAAGCAAUACGAGCUGCUAACAACCCUCACGGUCUUGAUAGUUCCAACUUCAAACCUCUCGUCUCUAUUUGUCCUAUAAAGAAAUCAGAAUCUGCUUCACUUGCACUGCUAGGAGUGACAAGCUCAGGAGUACGUCUCUACUUCAGUAUAAACGCAGCAUCUCUGGGGGGACGGUACAGCUCCCUGUCCCUGGCUCACAUCAGAAUGCCACCUGGCUUCGCUCCUAAUGGCCCGCCCCAGCGACCACUCAAUGUUCAUCUUGCUAAUCUAGCUAGAGGGAAUGUGCAGAUGUGUAUGUCACAGAACGACAGUAUAGAUGUAGUAUGGAGCAUCUCCCCUGACACAUUUGGUAUUACCACCUCACUUCAAGAGACCACCAUCACAACUGCCAUCGAGGGGAGAGUCUGGGCUCUGGAAGAGGCUCCUGAACCUUGCUUAUUUGAGGCUAAAGUAGCAGGUACGCGAACACUUCCCCCAACUAUAGUGUGCCAGCACGUCAAACCUGUUCAGCGCACGAUCCUCCUUACCUCCCAGGGCACCUUCAUCCUAACCUCUCUCCGACCCGUAGACCAGCUCCUUCACUUGCUGGAGAGUAGCAAUGGUAUGGACACAGAGGCUAUCGCUAACUUUUACAAGCUGCACUCAGAGAAAGAAGGAUGUGCUACAGCACUGAUCCUGACGUGCAAUCCUGUGGGGACAGAUCACCUGAUCGCGUCCAGCGCUGCACGGUCCUUCUUCAAGUUUGGAGGCGAGCCAACACUGCGCAGUGGCACUUUCAGCAGCACAACUGUGGGCCAAACCAGCAACUACUCUCUACUGGGCCCUAACAAUAAUACCAUGCUCAACACUAGUCACAAUAGAGAUCCGACACAGUCACUGGGUGGGGCUAUAAUGCCUAACGAAGUGGUGUACAGUGGUAAGCACGCCGGUAUUUGUCUUUACUUUGCGAGACUACUGGCUCCCCUUUGGGACGGCAAACUGGUGGAAGAGAACCAGUCUCCUGAUAAACUCCUUGUUAGCAGGUUCACAUGUGAUGAUUUAGCGUGGUUCACAGAGCAACUGUCCGGCCUCAAGACAUUCCUUGACGAGUAUGCUCCGCUAUCCCUCUCCGAACUACCCACUGACUCACCUCAUCGCGCCGGGCCCAACGGUGGCAGAGUACAGGCUGAAGCACUGGAACGAAACUCAGUGUUGCAACUGAGACUACUGGUUCAGUACAGUGUCGAAGCGUUAGAGUUGUGGAGAGAACUUUGCGAAUACCAGUUUCAUCUUGUUGCGGAAAGACUUCCAAUGAAUAUCAAAGAAGACCUCUGCAGAACGACGUUCAGAGAUUUAGUUGUAAGUGGUAAGCAGAUAACAGUAGCUCUUAUCAACGCUCUUAUGGAGAGAUAUUUCGGAGACUCCAACUUGACAGAUGCCCUCAGUGCCAGAGUAAGAGCCAAGUUUUCCAACAUGGAUGUUACUGGUUUCCCUUAUCAGAAUCUCACAUAG